CUAUAAAUAGUUUCGACCAUCCAAGGAGAUACCCACCACUAGAAUCUUCAUCAACUUUCAGUCCUCAUUCAUCUCUCUCUCUCUCUCUCUGUAUCUCUUCCAUCACUCAUAUCUUCAGCCAUGGCAACUUCUUCCUCGCUGGUGUUCACCGUGCGGAGGCGCCAACCUGAGCUCAUAGCACCUGCGAAGCCCACUCCCCAUGAAUUCAAGGACCUCUCCGACAUUGACGACCAGGAAGGCCUUCGGUUUCAAAUUCCGGUGAUACAGUUCUAUCGCUAUGAUCCCUCCAUGGAGGGAAGAAACCCCACUCAGGCCAUCCGACAGGCGAUAGCAAAAGCACUGGUGUUUUACUACCCAUUUGCGGGUAGGCUGAGGGAGGGACCUCAUCGGAAACUCACGGUGGAAUGCACCGGAGAAGGUGUCAUGUUCAUUGAAGCCGAUGCUGAUGUAAGGCUGGAGCAGUUUGGCGAUGCUCUUCAGCCUCCAUUCCCUUGUCUAGAGGAGCUCCUUUUUGAUGUCCCCGGCUCCGGCGGAGUCCUCAACUGUCCUUUGUUGUUGAUUCAGGUGACCCGUCUGAUGUGCGGUGGCUUUAUCUUUGCCCUCCGGUUGAACCACACCAUGAGCGAUGCGGCCGGUCUGGUCCAAUUUAUGAACGCCGUUGGCGAGAUGGCACGUGGUGCACAUGCCCCAUCCGUGCCACCCGUGUGGCAGAGGGAGCUACUCAAUGCUCGGAACCCGCCACACGUGUCUUGUGUUCAUCGUGAGUACGAUGAAGUGGUGGACACAAGGGGCACAAUCAUUCCUCUAGAUGACAUGGUUCACCGGUCUUUCUUUUUCGGCCCAACCGAGAUCUUGGCCCUUCGGAGGCAUGUCCCUCCACACCUUCGCAAGAGCUCCACAUUUGAGGUGCUAACUGCGUGCCUGUGGCGAUGCCGCACCGUCGCCAUUCAACCGGACUCCGACGAGGUGGUCCGGAUGAUUUGCAUCGUCAACGCACGUGAUAGGUUCCAGCCACCCUUGCCGGCCGGAUACUACGGGAACGCUUUUGCCUUUCCGGUGGCGUUAUCUACGGCCGGAAAGCUGUGUCAGAAUCCAUUUGGGUAUGCAUUGGGAUUGGUGAAGAAGGCAAAAUCUGAUGUAACAGAUGAGUACAUGAGAUCAUUGGCAGAUCUUAUGGUGACCAGGGGCCGACCUCACUUUACUGUGGUAAGGUCCUACCUUGUUUCUGAUGUGACACGUGCCGGGUUUGCCGACGUGGAUUUCGGAUGGGGGAAACCCGCCUAUGGUGGGCCCGCCAAGGGGGGUGUAGGGGCCAUUCCUGGGGUUGCAAGCUUCUACAUCCCAUUCAGAAACAGCAAAGGAGAGGAUGGGAUUGUGCUACCCAUCUGCUUGCCUGGGCCUGCCAUGGAAAGGUUUGUUUGGGAGCUUCAGAGUAUGCUGAGGGAUCCAAUACAGCAACCACAUAUCCAGACCUCCACCUUCAUUACAUCAGCCAUCUGAACAGGAAUAGUGUAGUAUCUGCAGAAGCAUGACAUGGAUAUGGAUGGUGGAUGAGGGGUGAUGUAUAUCCUCUGGUGCACCUCAUCACCACAGGAUCAUGUAAUGGUGUGGUUGUCGCCUUGUCGGUGUGUUAAUCUUUGUGUGCUAGCAAGUCAGCAUGAUGAAAAUGAAGCUAGCUUUGUCCUUUGAGAGUGUGAACUGGCUAGACAAGGACUUAUUCCCCCUAGCUCGUUUUUAUGAAUUAUAACAGGCUUUAUGUUGUAUAGUUUUGAGCUGGAUCAUAUGAUACACGUGAUGAUCGAGAUGAUAAUUCCACUCAUUUGAGUCCACAAUUUUCUCUUCA